UUAACGGUCAACGCAAAUUGUACUGUUUUGGGGGCGAAGCUCUUAGCUCUGUCCUCUUCACUCUGUGGAAGUCCGGAUCCCGAAACCCUAGCUCCGCCGAGGGAAAAUGGAAAGUCUCCGCGCCAUUGUCUUUGUCACUUUGAUCUCUCUGCUAUGCCCGAUCUUAACCAGGUCUUUCUCGCCUGAUAAUCCGACGGAUCGCCGCAUUCUUGUACUGCUCGACGACUCGUCCCUCAAGUCAUCACACUCCCUCUUCUUUAACUCUCUGCAAUCUCGCGGUUUCGCGCUGGAAUUCAAGCUCGCCGAUGAUCCCACCAUCAGUGUCCAGCGAUAUGGACAGUACUUGUACGAUGGGAUCAUUCUAUUCUCGCCGUCAGCUGAGAGAUUUGGAGGGGCAUUGGAUUUGGCUGCUGUGAUGGACUUCGUUGACUCAGGUCGUGACUUGAUUGUGGCUGCCGAUGCUAAUGCAUCUGAUUUGAUCCGAAACAUUGCUGCAGAGUGCGGUGUCGAUUUUGAUGAGGAUCCGUCUGCUGUGGUUAUUGAUCAUUCUAGCUAUGCUGUCUCUGAAACUGAGGGAGAUCAUACACUGAUUGCAUCUGACAGUUUUAUUGAAUCCAAUGUUGUCUUAGGAAGCAGAAAGAUUGAGGCUCCUGUACUCUUCAAAGGGAUUGGCCAUUCGUUAAAUCCUGAAAAUAGCCUGGUCUUUAAAGUUCUUUCAGCUUCUCCUUCAGCAUAUUCUGCUAACCCAAAGUCUGAGUUGUCAAAGCCUCCAUCUCUUACGGGAUCUUCUAUCUCACUGGUUUCAGUUAUGCAGGCUAGAAAUAAUGCACGCAUUUUGGUCUCUGGCUCUUUAGCAAUGUUCAGUAAUAGAUUUUACAGAUCAAGAGUGCUGAAAGCUGAUAGCUCAACUAAAUAUGAGAAAUGUGGCAAUGAACAGUUUGUUACUGAACUCAGUAAAUGGAUCUUCCAUGAAAGGGGCCAUUUGAAGGCCAUCAAUCUCAAGCACCACAAAAUUGGUGAAAACGAAGAGCCUGCAAUGUAUAGGAUCAAAGAUGACCUGGAAUUUUCUGUUGAAAUUUAUGAAUGGUCUGGAACUAGCUGGGAACCAUAUGUCACUGAUGAUGUUCAGUUGCAGUUCUACAUGAUGAGCCCCUAUGUCUUGAAAAAUUUGGCUACUGAUCAGAAGGGACUCUAUCAUACUUCAUUCAAGGUACCGGAUGUUUAUGGGGUUUUCCAGUUUAAAAUUGAGUACCAGAAGCUUGGAUACACCAGCUUAUCACUUUCAAAACAGAUUCCAGUACGACCAUUCAGACACAAUGAGUAUGAAAGAUUUAUAACCACGGCUUUCCCCUACUACGGUGCUUCAUUCUCCACUAUGGCUGGAUUCUUCAUAUUUAGCAUCGUAUACCUUUACCACAAGUAGAGACCUUUUGGAGAUGUAGUUACUUCCCGGACUUAGUAAUCUAAUACUUUCUAAGCACUACCCCUGUACGCUCUCUCUCUCUCUCUCAAUUAUUCUACUAGAAUUUGUGUUACUGAUCCAUUAAGCAAGGGAUUUUUGCAUCUUCCCAUUUUGUUUGCACUCAGGUUAUGUAUAACUGGAUUUUUCAAAUGCUGUGACAUUAAAUAGAAUGCGUUAUAGUCUUAU